CGUUGUCAAACUAUCAAAGAUUAAAUCAAUAGUUCUGUGUUAGUACAGCUGCGUAUAAACUGUAUUUCCUGUGGCCCAGAUUGAUACAAAAAGUAGGUAGUGCAUUAGAGCACUCUUAGCAUCUUAUUCCUUUUUGUAGCAACCCAGAAUGAAGUCAGAGGAAGUGGUCUCCCAGUUGAAGAUUUAUGAGACUUUGUCUCUACUAGAGAAAGCGUGUUUCAGAAGUUCCCAGGCUUAAUUUCAAAGGCAAGAAGAAAUAAUAGAAGGCCCCCUAAAAGGUAUUUGCCUUUAAGCACAGCAUCUCUUUGUUACUCUGCAGACCAUGGCCUUUAGCCUGAAGAAUUUCAUCCAUUCUUUGGGUCCAAAAUCCCUACCUCGGAUUCUGCAAAUCCAGUCUGGCUUUUAUGAUGAAGGUUCGAUGUAUGAAAAGCUUGGCCAUGAAUGUUGCUUGUCCACAGGUGAUGUGAUUAAAGUUGCUGCAUUAGAAAUUAAAAAAAUCCUUGCAAGUAAUCUAGGAGGUGAAGAUGCAAGCAUACAGUCCACUACAGUAGCACUACCUCUAAAUUUUCCAGGGCUUUGCAGGGUAAUGGCUGAUAAAACCCCAUACAUCAAUGUUGAAGAAAUUGUGAACAAAGUCUGGAUUGGGCCAACACAGCAGGAACAACCAUGCUUCUGUUGCUCUAAGGAUAUCCAGGUAGAAAACCUGACCAUCAAACAGGGGGAGAAAAUUGUAUUUAUGUCUGUAGAAGAUCACAAUGAGACCCUUACCGUGAAUUGUGAAAUAAAAAGGGAUGGCCAGGUACAUGCCUUUCUUUUGCCACGUUCUCAAGAAGGAGAUUUCUAUGAAUGUCAAGAUGACCGAAUAUACACCCUGGAAGAGAUUGCCCAAUGGAAAAUCCCAAAGAGCCGCACACGUGAAGUUCUGUUCCUUAAUACUGGUGAUGCUGGACAAUCUCCUGAGUUGCCGCCUAAGAGUUUUGGAAGCUGUGUAAUUCUGGAAGCUAUAUAUGAAGUCCACGCUGUAAUGAAAUUUCAAAAAGAAAUCGUUCAUUUCCAUUCUGACUUAGAUGUUGAAGUUGAAGACGUCACUGACCAUUACAAUAUUCAUACUUUUCUCCAGCCAUUAUCAGUGAAAGAUGUAUUAGAAAAGGCAGGGACCGGAUCCCCUUUUGUUGUUGCCGUAAUUGAAGAUUCCAUUUUAAACAAGCAUUCUUAUAAUUUUCUGUGUUCUGGUAGAGAAAUAGUAAUUUACAAAAGGUAUCAGGCUGGAAGAAUCUUAGCAUCUGAAAUCAAGAAUAAUUCCUCUAAAAGAUAUUUUUUAAUUCCUGCGAGCUACAAAGGUAAAUUCAAAAGAAAACCUCGCAAAUUCCCAACUGCCUAUGACCUGGAAAUAGCAAGGAACACGAAGGAAAAGCUUCAUGUUGUUGCUACCAAAGCUUUUGACUGUCCUCAUGAAGAGAUGUGCUCUGUUUCUGUUGGAGAUGAGUUUUUGAUUCCCAAGUACCAGAAAAGCCAAGUUGUUGAAUGUGGAAGGAAGUGUGUGCAGUCUGCAUUACCUUGUGAACAAAUUAUCUUGGCAAAGAAAGUCAAUAAGACCAUUCUUCUUCCAAUGUUCAUGGAAGGAGGCUUCAGUGAAAUAGUGCAUGACAGGAAUCAAUAUGAUCUUUCAGAGCUUUGCAACAAUUUCCACCUUCCGUUAAAUGUCACAGUUGGCAUAAGGGAUCUUUCCACCCGGGAUGAUAUUUUGGCUGGCAUUCCCUGUCUGCAGCUUGAAGAGGAAAUCAACGAUUCUUAUUUGUUAAUCAGCAAUCUCAAUAAUCCCACAGAAAUUUGGGAAGUUUCUGUGCAUUGUUUAAAUAUGUCUUUCCAAUUGCUGAGAGAAUAUCCAGAAGAUACUGCACAUUUCCCAAUAAAGUCAAUUGUAGAAGAGAUUACAGAAGACAAGUACUAUAUGAUGAGAAAAUAUAAAAAUCAAGCCACAACCCCUCCACCCAGACCUCCUAAAAUACACAUUGUAGAAGAAUCCAAAUCAUCUUUUCCCAUUAUUCCAGUUCACCAUUUUUUUGAUACACCAGAAGAUGACAAGAUAGACGACACAUAGAAAGGUACUAGUUAUAAAACAGAAACCCAGAUUCUCCUUUUAUUACAUGCCUAGUUAUUGUUAUUGUUCUGAAAACCAUUUACUUUCACAUUUGUGUGUUCCAGACUGAUAGUGGUUUUGAUCACACCCUGGUUUCUUUAGAUUUCUAAUUCAUUUUAUUUAUGUACUGCAUUUAUACCUGCUGCAAUUACAAUACUCUUGUUAUUAAGCCAUCUUGGUUUCCCCACUGGGCUGAUACGUGUUGUUUAUUUUUAUUUAUCCUAUGGCAAUGUUACAUUAGCCAGGAGACUACUGUGUUAAUACAGAACAGUAGUUUGGCUGCUUGAGACUGUUGGUUCAUGCUUGGGCGCUUUCCAAAUUAUGCCAGAGGGGGCGAUCUAGCUCCAUACCAGAAAGAAGAACAAGAAACUUUCCUGCACCAUCAUCUGGGCCUUCUCCCUCCAGAAAAGCUGCCUCACAAAUGGGCAUUGCAACCAGGAAGGUCUAGCAUCAGCAGGAUUCUAACCAUCCAUAUUAAGCACUGGCUUGUCUCCCCACCAAAGUUUUUUAUAUAACAUGAUCUUGAACUGCUAGGUGGGCAGAAACUGAGGCAAGCGACAGGAGUCCGACCUGCCCUGUAGUAGUAAGACUCGAAUCACUGGACCAAUAUCAUCUCCAGCAUCAUUAAGCCACUGAACCACUGCCCUUCUAUAUAUGUUGUGAUUAUGGGAGGAUAAAUGGACUGUUACAACAAACUAUUCAACCUGGCAUAAAAUAUAGAUUUAUAUUUUGAGAAGUUUUCCUUUAUAUUUUUUUCUCUCUUUCCAUGACUAAUUACUGAAGGCCAGAAAAAAAUAAGGGAGAAGGUGAAGAUGUCAUUCUUUAUCUUUUAUAUGUCAGUUUGCCUGAUCACACAGAAUUUCUGGCAUGCAAAAUCAUAUUUCUCUUUAUCGCAUAGGCAAACAUCAUUCAGAAAUAGCACAGUUCACGGAGAGUUGUAUCAUAUAAUUUGUAAUAUGUAGUAAGGUGUCAAUAGAAGAAUGUAUCUAAUAUGCCUAAUUUCUCUUUGUCAUAAAUGAUAAGUAGGUAAUUAUCAGAAGAAGGUAGAAAGAAUUGUUAGUUAGUUGUCAUCAAACCAGAUUGGAUUUUGUGGUCAAUGCUCAUCUUUUUGCCCUGUCUUGGGUAGUAACAUUUCAGUAAUCUGUUUGAUUUUGUCCAUUCACAUUAUUCAUUGCCUGCCUUUUCUUCCACUUUCCCUAAUUCCUGCCAAAAGAAAAUAUCUUUUUCCCUAGUCCGUCAUCUUCUCACAUCAACUAGUGUGAGUAGGGACGUUUCUGCUUGCUGAUCACAGCUUUAAGUGAGCAGCCAGCCUUUAUUUGAUCCAAAAUUGAUUACUGCUAGUUGCUUGCACUUCAUGGUAGUUUGAGUAAAUAUCUCCAAGACUGCAUCCAUCUUCUUUCUCCUGUUCUUUCUCAGGGUCCAGCUUUCACAGUUGUAUAUUACCACUGGAAAACUAUGACUUUAAUUAUUCUGAUGUUUUUGACACUGAAAAUUCUUUAUCCUUCCUGCUCUUACCUAAAAUUGUCAUUGCUUUAUUCCCAAAGAUUAAUGUGCUAUUUAUUUCUCCAGCACACUCCCAUCUUUAUCUAUUUUGAAGCCAAAGUCAACAAAACUAUCUAUAUUUCAUUGUCAAAUAUAAGUUUACUAAGCAUACUGUUAACAUUGUGUUUGUCUUCUUAAUACUUAACAUUAAAUUGGGUUAUUUUUCACUUUACAUUUUUAUUUCACAAGACGUUGUUCAAAAUCGUCUAUACUUUCAGCUAACAAAGUGAAGUUUCCUGCAUAUCUGAUUUUGUCAGCCUAGUUUUGAUUUAUGCUGUCAUCUCUUCCAAUCCUGUCAUGAUAUAUCCACUGUUAAUUUUAAAAAUUAUGGGAAUAACAUAUUCACUCCCUUUCCUAUUUUGAAAUCAUUUUAUUAAAGUUAGCAAAUACAAAGAUGAAAGAGUAAUACAAAUUGAAAAAAUAUAAAAGGUAAAGUCAAGAAAAUAGAAGUGCAAAGAGAUAGAAAAAAGAAAAUGAAAAAAUAAAGAAAAAAGAUAUAUAAAAGAUGAUUUUCCCCUCCCUCCAGAUAAAGAUAAACAACUUCAAUAAUAUAACUCCUUCUCUAGUAUUUCAGUGUUUAAAAUCUCUUCUUCUGAUAUCUUAUUCCUUAUCAAUAAUCAGAUUGUAAAAACUCAUAAUUCAGUUCUAAUCAGGAAAAGUCUAUUAAGAACCAAAAAUUGUAACUUAUUUAUUUUAACCUGAAUCAAAUAAAUCAAUUUUGUAUUCUAACUUAUCACUUUUCUAUGAACUAAAGCAAAAUAAAUCUCUCCUCAUUUAUAAACAGAUAUUUGAAACCUUGUCACUCAGUUCUGAUCAAAAUGAAAUUCCAUUAAUAGUGGUUACCCAAAACCACUAUGUAGAUAGAUAGAUAGAUAGAUAGAUAGAUAGAUAGAUAGAUAGAUGAUAGAGAUAGAGCACACAGAUAUUACAUAACAUGUUUACCUUGUGAUGA